AUGAGGACGCUGGAAGAAGUGCUAAGGGACUGGGCUUUGGCGCCCGUAGAAGCGGUUGAAUGUGGGAUGGAACAGGUAGUGUCCCGUGAAAGGCAAAGGUGUUGCUCUGGAGAAUUGUCGGAAGAACUAGAGAAAUGUCAGGCUCAAGGUCCCCCCCGAAGAAAGUGCUGGAAGAUGGGAGGCAACGGGUUUGUGAUUCGGAACAUGGAUGUUGUGUCCUGGGAAUUUGUUGGCGGCAUGGUCGGAAAUGACUCCGCAAAGGCUGCCUCAACCAAUCUAUCAAAGGUGUCGAAGGAGGGAGCCACCACAUGCACGAUUUCCAUGUUCUGGGCAACACGCCUAAUCUGA